AGCUUCAGGAAAAAUCAAUGAAAGGAAUAAAGGAAAGAAAGAAAGGGAAGAACGGAGAGGGUGAAAAAAAGGGAAGAGGGAAACAGAUUCGCAGAGGAGGAGGAACGGGGAAGAGAGAGAUCUGAAGGGAGAGGGAGACCGUGACUAGUGCUGCCGCCGCCUUGCCCAGCUGCUAUGUUUCUCGUCGUCGCCGCCGAAGGGAAAAGGGGGAGAGCGCGCCGUCGAACAGAACGCGAGAAGGGAGAGGAGCUGUGUUCUGUUGUUGACGUCGCACCACAGCCACGCCGCCGUGCUGUGCGAAGUCACUGCCGCCGCCUCGAGCCUCGCCGUCGUCUGUGCUCAUCGCCAUCGAGGGUCCAUCGCACGCCGUCGCUGGAGCCUGAACGCCGCUGCAACCACCGCCUUUCAAGCCUGUAUCUGUUGGGAGGAGUCCGAGUAAGAAAAGGAAGAAGAUGGCGAUGGAUACCUCCGCUGCUGUUGUUGUUACUAUCGGUGUUCCCGAGCUUGUAGUUACUGCCAUCUUUAGUGAUGAACCUGGUUGUAUC